AUGGCUGCUGAAAACCACACUUUGUUUACUGACUUCAUAUUCUUAGGGUUUACUCGCAGAAAGGAUGUGCAGCAGGGGCUCUUUGUGCUCUUUCUCCUAGUUUAUGGGGUAACCGUGACUGCAAAUCUAGGGAUGAUCCGACUGAUCAAGAUGGACUCCAGACUCCACACGCCCAUGUAUUACUUCCUGAGCAAUCUGUCUUUCUGUGAUGUCUGCUACUCUUCCACUGUCUCUCCCAAGAUGUUGGCUGAUUUCUUCUCUGAAAAAAAGAGGAUUCCAUAUAAUUUAUGUGCUGUUCAGAUGUAUUUUUUUGGGACCUUUGGAUGCCUCAUGUUGGUCGCCAUGGCCUAUGACUGUUAUGUAGCUAUUUGCAAUCCACUUCUUUAUACAAUUGUCAUGUCUAGGAAGGUCUAUACCCAGCUAGUGGCUGGUGCUUACAUUGUAGGGUUGGUGUAUUCAGCGAUCCACACUUGUGGCAUUUUUCAACUGUCUUUUUGGACGUCCAAUGUUAUCAAUCACUUUUUCUGUGAUGCCCCACCCUUGUUAGGCCUUUCCUGCUCAGAUACAUCCAUCAAUGAGAUAGUGAUGUUCACUUUGAUUGGCUGUGUUGUGGGGUGCAGCAUAGUAACCAUUCUCCUCUCCUACAGCUUUAUCAUAACUACCAUCCUUAGAAUAAACUCAGCUGAGGGAAGACACAAAGCCUUUUCUACAUGUGCCUCCCACUUAACAGCUGUAGCUAUAUUCCAUGGUACUCUCCUGUUCAUGUAUUUCCGACCAAGCUCAAGUUACUCAAUGGACACUGACAAAAUGGCAUCUACUUUCUACACAGUUGUGAUCCCUAUGUUAAACCCACUGAUCUACAGCCUGAGAAAUAAGGAUGUGAAAGAUGCCCUGAAAAAAGCAAUCAGUACUAAAAUGGGUUCUGGGUGA